AUGCCGCAGCAACUCCUAGAAGAAUCUGCGUUCAAGAAUUUCAUCAAACCCGACAGCUUGCGACUCGUCCACUUCUACGCGUCUUGGGCCCCACAAUGCCAGGAGCUGAAUACAGCGUUGGAUGAUCUAAAGGCCGAGCUGAAAGCCCCGUUCGAGGCCGCCUAUGUAGAUGCCGAAGGGCUGCCGCAGAUUUCACUGGCCUACAAAGUGACCGCAGCGCCGACGGUGAUAUUUUACAAGGCAGGAAAAGAAGUCUCACGGGUGAACGGCUACCAAGUGCGACAGAUUCGCGAGGCUAUCGUUGAGCAAGGAACCGGCGCACCUGCAACAGCUGCCCCCGCGCAACAAGAGAACCUUGACGAUCGGCUGAAGCGUCUCAUCAAUUCGCACAAAUUGAUGCUCUUCAUGAAAGGGAAUGCCGAGAAGCCACAAUGCGGAUUCAGCCGCCGCACUAUCGAGUUGCUGAACAAUGUCAACGCCGACUUUGGCACCUUCGAUAUUCUGCAAGACAACAGCGUGCGCGAGGGCCUGAAGACGUUCAGCAACUGGCCGACUUACCCGCAAAUCUACCUCAAUGGCGAAUUACUCGGCGGGCUCGAUGUGUUUGCCGAGGAACUGAAAGACGAAGAAUUCGUAAAAUCAUUGCCGCGAAAAGAGUUGCUGAACGAUCGCCUGAAGCGCCUAAUUACGACCAGCCGGCUAAUGCUAUUCAUGAAGGGAAAUCCACAGCAGCCAAAAUGUGGAUUUAGCCGUCAGACCGUCGAGAUGCUAAACGGAAUCAGCGCCGACUACAAGACGUUUGACAUCCUGAGCGACGAAACCGUGCGACAGGGCCUCAAGGAGUACAGCGAUUGGCCGACGUUCCCUCAAAUCUACUUGGACGGCGAACUAAUUGGCGGGCUCGACAUUUUGCGAGAUGAACUGAAGGACGAGGAGUUUUUGGCGAAGAUCCCGAAGCGAACC